ACCGCCUGGCUCACCUUCUACAACAUCGCCAUGACGGCCGGGUAGGUGGUCGCUGGCGCUGGCGACCCGCUGGAAUGAAUGGAGCGCCGCUCGCGUGUCCAAAUAGGGCCGAACUCGAACGGAGGGUGUGAAGUGUGAAGGGCCGCUGGUCUGGUUGGUCCUGGCCAUGACGAUGAUGCGCUUCUACAUGCAGAAAGGAACACACAAGGGCCUCUACAGAAGUAUAGCCAGGACGCUCAAGUUCUUCCAGACGUUUGCGUUAGUCGAGGUGGGACACUGCGCUGUUGGCUUGGUUCGGACGUCUGUGAUCGUCACUGGGGUGCAAGUCAGCUCGCGUAUCUUCAUGGUGUGGUUUGUCACCAACAGCAUCCGACAGAUCCAAAACGAACAAAGCGUUAUACUCUUCCUGGUAGUAUGGACGCUGACUGAAAUCACCAGAUAUUCCUACUACACUUUCAACCUACUCCACCACCUGCCGUACUUCAUCAAGUGGGCCAGAUACACUUUGUUCAUCGUACUGUAUCCGCUGGGCGUGUUGGGCGAGCUGCUGACCAUUUACUCUGCGCUGCCUUUUGUUCGUCGCUCGGGCAUGUACUCCAUGAGGCUCCCCAAUAAGUACAACGUGUCCUUCGACUACUACUACUGCCUGGUGAUCAUCAUGCUGUCUUACAUCCCAUUGUUCCCUCAGCUAUUCUUCCACAUGCUACGGCAGAGAAGAAGGGUGCUCCACGGCGAGGUCAUCGUGGAGAAGGAUGACUAGUUGCCCACGCCACAAAUCUGAAACAAGUCUAGGAGGAUGCAGAAUUUCUUGAGGGUUUAAAGCCGGACGUGGAUUAUAUCAGUGUCCCAACUAAUUGACAAGAAAACAGGAACGCUCAAAUCACAACAAAUCCCCACGUAGACAACGCUUUAUAUAUGUUUGAGGGAAAACUUAAACGUUUCGUCUCGUUUAUUGACGAUGUUUACUUGUAAAGUACAGUGUGUGUGUGAGCGCAGCUACUUCAAUUCCCUGCGAACAAAAAGGUGCUAUGGUGAAACUGUUGAUUGAUGUUCAAUCAAUUUGUUUGCUUAUAGGAACAAGGGGCGGCAAUUCAAAGGGGCGAGUGGGUGGAAGCUGUAGAAAUGUGAACUCAUGUGGAAUAAAAUUCAAUAAAC